AUACAUUGUUUUUCUAACCGUUAUAAGUCACCUUCGAUGUUGUAUCAUUCGUCUCGAAAAUGCUAAAUCAAACCAUUGCAAAAAGUCUUCGAAUGGCGUAUGGACUAGUUUAGUUCGGCUCUUUGAGCCAUAUAUACACCAAAUCAAAUCUUUGCUUCGAAAGAUAGAGCAACGCUACUUAUUUCGUUUCAUACAAAAUUCGUAUUGAAUAAACGUUAUUUCAUCGAAAUUUGCAAGCUCAUUGUUCACGUGUCACCAGUCAUUAGCUUUGAAUCCACAUUCGUAACCUGAAAAAUUUGUGCAAGCUAUUUCUUGCGUGUGUCAAGUAUAAAACGCAUUUAUCUAAACAAUAAUGAGUGAAGAAAAUACUGCCUGUGCCAUGUUAGAAGAGAUUGAUGAGUUACUUGUACGUAACUUGGAAUUAAUGCAGGAGAAGCUUCGUAAAAGUAUCGAAAUAGAAAAUUUGUUAAAGUCUGGCUUCAUCGAGCUGGCAAAGGCAAGGUACAUUCGCGGUAAGGAAAGCAUCGGUAUUUUGCAAGUUCCAAAUGACGAGGACACGGUAAAGUCUUUGUUUGAUCUGAGAACUGAAAUGACUGAUGACGAUGACGACGGCGAUGCUGCUGCUGCUGCUGCCAUCAGUUUCGAUGUGAGUCUGAAGAAAUCGAACGCUGAAGAUGAAGAAGAUGAACCGAGCGAUCCUCUAAAGUGGUUUGGCGUGUUGGUGCCACAGAACUUGAAAAACAGCCAGAAACGCUUUCAAGAAUCCGUUUAUCUCGCCGCAUCGAUAGCGAACACACAAGCGGAACUCGAUUCUGUUCGCUCGAGACUUAAAACGUUGCGUAUUCAAAAAGACAGUUUGUGUUCAACUGAAGCAAUAUCUAAGUAACAUACUUUAUAUCGCCGUGAUUACUUGUUACAUGUAUAAUACAUAGUCACAGUUAAUUAGAAUUUAUAAUAUAUAUUACAAUCUUGUAGAAGAAAUUUAUAAUAAACUUUAUUUUGUACUUAUAUUUUCGACCAAGAGCGUCUGAGACAGCCGCCAGCAGUUUUUUUUUUUUUUUUUUUUCAAUUCGCACGCGAAUAUUCUGAUUUCGAGUAAAUGGCACAGCAACGUGUUCUAUUUUUUUUUUCAUCUUGCUGUUUCGUAUUUCACUUUUCUGUGCCUUAAAUGAGAGAGUCGUUGGAAUCUCGAUUACAUCAGAAAAAUAGCGACCAGCAGCCCACAGUUAUUCGCACAGCAAA